GCGUCAGGCUUCCCCCUGCUCUUUCCCACACAGCCUGGUCCCGUAGCGCUGCAGUGGAGGAGGAGGAGGAGGAGGACAGAGACUGAGGCUGGCUUCAUCCUCAUUUCACACAGCGGCCGCACACAGGAUCCGCAUUUCCCGUCAGCCACCCUUCCUCAGCUCCAAGAUCUCGUUCUUGGCUCCACGAUGCCAAACCUGGUGGUUCUCCUGUGGCUGGGACUGCUGGCCACCUCCCCCUGCAGAAGCCAAGAUGGUGGGUCAACAAACACCAACCCACAGGUGGACAACGCAGGGGGUGCCCCAGGGGAGGAGGAGGAGGAAGACCCCUUCUACAAGAGCCCCGUGAACAAGCUGGCUGCCGCCGUCUCCAACUUCGGCUAUGACCUCUUCCGGCAGCAAUCCAGUCGGGUGCCCACCGCCAACGUCCUGCUGUCACCCUUCAGCAUUGCCACAGGCCUCUCAGGCCUCUCCCUGGGUGCUGGAGAACGGACGGAAGACUUCAUCGCUCGUGCUCUCUUCUAUGACAUGCUCAACAAGGCGGAGAUCCACAACACAUACAAGGAGCUCCUGGCCAGCCUCACGGCUCCCUCCAAAGGCCUGAAGACCGUUUCCCGCCUUGUCAUGGAGAGAAGGCUACGAAUGAAAAUUGGGUUCGUGAACGAGCUGGAGAAGUCCUACGGGGUCCGUCCCAGAGUGCUGAGUGGAAACGUCCGUGUGGACCUCCAGGAGAUCAACAGCUGGGUGCAGCAGAGGACUGGAGGAAAGGUCACCCGCUUCCUUGGGGAGAUCCCUGCCGGCAUUAGCAUCCUCCUCCUCGGAGCAGCUUCUUUCAAAGGGCAAUGGGUGACCCGCUUUGACUCCAAGCUAACGAAGCUCCACGAUUUCCACCUGGACGAGGACAGGACAGUGAGAGUGCCCAUGAUGGCAGCCCCUCGGGCCAUCCUGAAAUAUGGCUACGACUCCGAGCUCAACUGCAAGAUUGCUCAGCUGCCCCUGACGGGAAGCCUCAGCGCCAUGUUCUUCCUGCCUGAAAGCGUGACCCAGAAUAUGACUCUGAUUGAGGAGAGCCUGACCUCAGAGUUUGUCCGCGACGUAGACAAGCAGCUCAAGACAGUCCAUGCCACGCUCACCAUGCCACGGCUCAAGCUGACCAGCGAGGCUGAGCUGACCAACACACUCCAGGAAAUGCGGCUCCAGGCACUCUUUUCAACUCCCGACUUCAGCAAGAUUGCUGCCAAGCCCCUCAAGCUCUCUCAUGUGAAGCACAAAAUCACUCUGGAACUCAGCGAAGAUGGAGCGAGCGCCACCUUUCCUUCGGACACAGAGGCUGCCCGCCUCAACUUCCCCAUUGCCUACAACCUGGACAAGCCCUUCCUGUUUGUGCUCUGGGACAAUGAGACGGGAGCGCUCCUCUUUAUCGGCAAAAUCCUGGACCCUCGGAAUACUUAGACCCUUCGCCCAACCUCAAGCGCAGCCUGUGGUCAAGUGAGCAAAAGGGCGGGUGGGGAGAGUCUCUCGGCUGCUCUGCCCAGCCGCACUUGGAGAGCCCCCCCCCCAACAACGGUUAUGCCUAUAUGUGCCUCAAUAAAAGUGCUUCCACCUUGAA